UGCCAGUGUGAUUCUUGCUGGACAUUUUUCAGAUUUUGGGAGAAAUGCAUUUAAGUAUUUUCAUUUGUUUCUGUCAACACUAAUAAACCGAUUUUAAAUUAAUUAAAAGCUGUACAAAUCACACAUGCCUGCGCGCACAUACAAUAUAUAUAUAUAUAUAUUUUGUAACAAACGAUUAUUUUAUUAUUCAAAUUUGAAGUGGUCUAGGUAAUGAAACCGAAAUAAAAUAACUAAUGUAACAAAGAGUCCUAUAAAAAAACCUCGCAGACUUAGCUAAAGGAUCUGAAAUUUUAUUUUGUAUUUUUGGGAUAUGAAAUAUCUUGAAGUCUAGAAAACAUAUCUGCAUCGUCUUAAUAGCCUCCAAUUCUGUUGCAAAACUUGGCUAAGCGUGAAGCUUUUUUUUUAAUCAUGGUGAUCAAAUCCUUACAGUUUUUCCAAAGUGCUGACAUGACGAAUAUUAGCAUAUUUCCUAUUGCCCAUCACAAUGUUAUUAAUUCCAAAUGUAAAGCAGUUUCUCGCUUAUUUAAGUUUCGCGUUCUAAUGAGUUGAAUCUUUCCAAGGCUAUCCUUCCAGGACCCAGACACAAUCAUUGAACUGUGAUGUGAUAGUCCAUAAUCCAUCUACCAUACAUAUAUUAUUCAUGCUUAUGUCAUGGACUUCCUCGCUACUAUGCUCCGGGAAUGAACAUCUCAUUUGCGUUAAACCAGGUUUGACAUUCAAUUUUUGCAUAUCGGACUAACUACAAUAGAUCUCUGUCAAUCCCUCUAAAAAUUAAUCAUUCCGAACUUUUCAAAUAUACCAUAUAUAUUCUGCAACAAAAUUCUAAUUAAAAAUUCACAUAGUUUUCUAUAAAUACAAAGGGGACACCGAACGAAAAGCCAAAAAAAGAUUGAAAAUAUCAUAUACAAUCAAUUUUCUUUUUGUAAAGUUAUAUCCCCUGACAUUAACAAUGUCCCAAACAACAACAACCACGACCCUUCUCCUCCUAUCUACAUUGCUAAUUGCAGCGAUAGUAGUUAAUGGGCAAGGAGCGAAGGCCCCUCCUCCAAACGCAGGUAUGGUUUGUGACGCUAACUUAGGUCUAUGUGCAGCGGCACUUAAAGUAGGAGCAAAAUCAUCAGAAGAAUGCUGCACAAGCCUAGAGAAGGCAGUGAAGACGCAGUUGAAGUGCCUCUGCGCCAUCCUCACAAACCCGCAGGUAUUGGCCGGCUUCAAUCUCACCGUGGAAAAUGCUCUUCUCAUUCCUAAGAGUUGUGGCAUCGAUGCUGGACCUUCUAUGUGUUCUGCCGCUAAAGCUCCGUUGCCGCAUGGGGUUCCACCGGUGCCAGGACCGCCUAAAGGUGAGAAGGAUGCUGCAAGCAAUCUCGCGGGAACUGGAUUGGUCGGGAUCACCUUAAUAACGAUCUCUAUGAUGUUUUAUUGAUAAUGAUAUUUUUUAUCUGAUUAUUUUAUAUCCAUGUAAGAAGUUGUUUGGUUCUACAAUGAAACUUCUACUUGAUGCCCCUUGUAUGUAAUCUUCUUAUAUUUUUUUCUCAAUCGGAUUUUGAAAUUGUGUGCCGGGAUUCGAUAUUGUCGCUGUUGUCAAACCUUUGAUGUAUUUUGUUUCCAAUUCAUAAUUUUAAAAAUAUAUUUACUAGCCUACAUUUUCAUUUUACUGUUAACCUUGAUCGAAUAAAUUAAAUAGAAAAACCCAAUAAAUCAAGACCCAAUAUACAUAGAAUCUAUAUUAUUAUUUAUAAAGUGAAUUUGCUGGUGAUUUAGCUGAUAAUUUAUAAUUAUUUUGUGAAUAAUUAAAUUUUUUAACAAAAAUAUCAUAGUUAAUAUCAUUAUAUUAUAUUUGGUUUAGUAAUAUUAAACCGACUCUAUUUUAAUAUAUGUAUAUAUCACACAAGAUAGAAUAAAUCAUCUAUCUUUUAAGAUACAUUUUUUAUGACAAUCACAACCACUUAUUGUGAUAAUUUCUAAACAAGUUGGCAAAGAAUUCAAAAAUAUUUAUAUUAUUAUUUGCGAAAUAUUUUUUCGCUCUCACGUUAAAAGUUGGAGUGUUUAAAGUCUUUAUUAUCCUUAAUAAAUAAUUAGAUUAGAUUUAUUAAUAUAUAAUUACCCAUAAAUUCAAACAGAAUUUCAUUAAUUUGAUAAUCAUCAUUUAAGAAGAUUUUAUAUAAUGUUAUCCAAAAAUAUUUACAUCAUAAUAUU